AUGGCGAAACCGAAAACAAACAGGGAUAUUAAAUACGCACGACGCCUUAAGGAAUUGAAAAAAAAGUUUAAACCGUACCGCGAUAGCCGGUCUGUAAACCUACUCCGGGUGAUCACAGGUAAAUUUUUGAAGAAGUACUGGGAAAGCCUAGAAAGUGUGUUGACUGGGCAAUACAGUCUUGGUGUUGUCAAACGGAGAAUUCAGAGGGUAGUUAACUUGGUUCUUAAGAAUGGAGAGUACACAGUGAGAGAAGCCCCCUCCAACUCGAUAGAACACAGUAUGGUGAGCAAACAAUUUAUACACCUUCAUAUCGACUCUAAAGCCAACGUAUCUGACAAUGUGAUACAUGUGGAAAUUGACUCCAAAGCAAAUGAGUUUGACAAUGUGAAACAUGUUAACAAUGACUCAAGAUCCGGCAUGUUUGCAAGAGACAAUGUGCUUGGCAAUGAGACACAUGGUAACAUCAACUCAAAUUUAAAUGUGUUCGACAAUGCAAACGUGAUCAACAGUUUAAGACACUUACACAUUUGA